ACCUGGCUUCCACCACUGUCUGCUGUUCAAGCACCUGGCAAAGUGGAACCAAGCAAAUUUCCAUUUCCAAAUAAGGACUCUCAGCUUGUAUCCUCCGGACACAAUAAUCCAAAGAAAGGUGAUGCUGAGCCAGAGAGUCCAGACAAUGGCACUUCGAAUACAUCAAUGCUGGAAGAUGACCUUAAGCUAAGUAGCGAUGAAGAGGAGGGUGAACAGCAGGCAACCCAGAGAACAGCUCUCCGCGCUCUGCCUGACAGCGCCGUGGUCCAGCAGACCAACUGCAGAGCCUCSGUGCCUUCCAGCAAGGGCAGCAGCAGCGGAAGCAGCAGCAGCAGCAGCAGCUCCUCCAGCGACUCCGAGAGCAGCUCGGGAUCCGACUCGGAGACCGAGAGCAGCUCCAGCGAGGGAGAGGGCGGCAAGCCCCCGCACUUCUCCAGCCCCGAGGCUGAACCGGCAUCCUCUAACAAGUGGCAGCUGGACAAAUGGCUCAACAAAGUUAAUCCCCACAAGCCUCCUCUUCUGAUCCAGAAUGAAAACCACCACGGGCCCGAGAGCAAUCAGUACUACACCCCGGUGAAAGAUGAAGUGCAGGACUGCGGGAAGCUUCCCGACGUCUGCCCGACCAGCCUGCGGGAGAAGGAGCUCAAGAGUGCCUGCAAGGAGGAGCAGAGGCCGAGGACCGCCAACAAGGCCCCGGGCAGCAAAGGGGUGAAGCAGAAGUCCCCGCCCGCGGCCGUGGCCGUGGCCGUGAGCGCCCCCGCCCCGCCGCCCGCGGUGCCCGGCGCCCCCGCCGAGAGCGCCCCCGCGCCGGCCCGGAGGUCCGCGGGCAAGAAGCCCACCAGGCGCACCGAGAGGACCUCAGCCGGGGACGGCGCCAACGGCCACCGGCCCGAGGAGCCCGCGGCGGCGGCGGACGCGCUGGGGGCCAGCGUGGUGGUGCCCCCGGAGCCCGCCAAAAGCCGGCCCUGCGGCAACAGCAGAACGGGCCACCGCAAGGAGCUGCGCUCCUCGGUGACCUGCGAGAAGCGGCGCACGCGGGGUCUGAGCCGGAUCGUCCCCAAAUCCAAGGAAUUUAUCGAGACAGAGUCGUCGUCUUCCUCGUCCUCCUCGGACUCGGACCUGGAGUCGGAGCAGGAGGAGUACCCUCUGUCCAAAGGCCAGGCCGUGGCCGCCGCCUCCUCUGGGAGCGACCAGAGACUCAAGGAGGCCGCCAACAGCGGCAGCGGCCCCCGCGCGGCCGUGGGCUCCAUCAACGCCAGGACCACCAGUGACAUCGCCAAGGAGCUGGAGGAGCAGUUCUACACCCUGGUCCCCUUCGGCAGGAACGAACUUCUCUCCCCCUUGAAGGACAGUGAUGAGGUCAGGUCGCUCUGGGUCAAAAUUGACCUGACCCUCCUGUCCAGGAUCCCAGAACACCUGCCCCAGGAGCCCGGAGUCCUGAGCGCUCCCGCGGCCAAGGACGCGGAAAGCGCUCCGCCCAGCCACGCUYUGGACACGCCCACCGAGAAGACUUUGCCAAAAUCCAAGAGGAAACGCAAGUGUGACAACGAAGAUGACUACAGGGAGAUGAAGAAGGCCCAGGGGGAGAAAGAGAGCUCUACUCGGCUAGCCAACUCCGCCAAUAAUACUCUGUCUUCAAACCACUGCAGCAUGAACAUCAACAGCUUGGCAAUACCAAUAAAUAAAAAUGAAAAAAUGCUGCGAUCGCCCAUCUCACCUCUCUCUGAUGCAUCUAAACACAAAUAUUCCAGCGAGGACUUAACUUCUUCCAGCCGAUCUCAUGGCAAUGGUGUGUUCACUUCCUCCUCRUCCAACAAAAAGUCUAAGGCCACCGACAGCCAACUGCAGUCCCAUGCCGGGGACCUCACGAAAGCGACUCACAACAGUGCUGAGCACGGUCUCCUCCACAGCAAGACCCGGCCACAGACAGAGCCCUGGUCUCCAGGCUCCAGCGGCCACAGGGACUGCAAGCGGCAGAAACUGGUCUUCGAUGAUAUGCCUCGCAGCGCAGAUUAUUUUAUGCAAGAAGCUAAACGGAUGAAGCAUAAAGCAGAUGCAAUGGUGGAGAAGUUUGGAAAGGCCCUGAACUAUGCUGAGGCAGCCCUGUCGUUUAUUGAGUGUGGAAACGCCAUGGAACAAGGCCCGAUGGAAUCCAAGUCCCCUUACACCAUGUACUCAGAGACGGUGGAGCUCAUCAGAUAUGCUAUGCGACUAAAAACCCACUCGGGCCCCAAUGCCACACCAGAGGACAAACAACUAGCUGCAUUAUGCUAUCGAUGCCUGGCUCUCCUGUACUGGCGGAUGUUUCGGCUUAAAAGGGACCACGCUGUCAAGUAUUCAAAAGCACUCAUCGACUAUUUCAAGAAUUCAUCCAAAGCUGCCCAAGCCCCGUCUCCGUGGGGGGCCAGUGGAAAGAGCACUGGAACCCCAUCCCCCAUGUCUCCCAACCCCUCUCCCACCAGCUCCGUGGGGUCUCAGGGCAGCCUCUCCAGUACCAACGCCCUGUCCCCAUCGACCAUCGUCAGCAUCCCGCAGCGCAUCCAUCAGAUGGCGGCCAAUCAUGUCAGCAUCACCAACAGCAUCCUGCACAGCUACGACUACUGGGAGAUGGCAGACAACCUGGCCAAAGAAAACAGAGAAUUCUUUAACGACCUGGAUCUGCUCAUGGGGCCUGUCACCCUGCAUAGCAGCAUGGAGCACCUGGUCCAGUACUCGCAGCAGGGCCUGCACUGGCUACGGAACAGCGCCCACCUGUCGUAGGGACCUCGCCCCGGAGCCCAGCUGUGCUCUCAUCUCCAAGAUGGCUCCAUGUUUCUGGACACUGUGCUGCUGAAAUUCCCAGCCACAGCAUUUGUCAAGCUGCAUUGAACACUUCCUC